AUGACGUCGUGGGCUUGUCUUCUGAGUCCCGGCUGCCAAGCUUCUCUGCAGCGGUUGCUCCAGCAAGUACGUAGUUCCUAUGAGAUGAAGUUAAUUGUUCAAGAGCUUCGUCCCAGGUUUGCAUGUUACUUGCAUAGUUUGCCUAGUACUGAAGAUACCAGCCAGCACUGUGGUACAUCAGUUUGUCAAAAUGAAGAGAACCACCAUUCCACAGAGGAACUUAGCAAGUCUGAAAUCCAGGAGGAGCUGAAAAAGGCUAAUAGCCUUCCUAGUUUGACUCCUGGAAUCAAAACAACGGAUAAAGACAAGCAACCCCGAGAAGAAUCUAAACCCUCUACCUUCCAAGAUGAACCCAACAGAUGUGAAAAGGAUUUACAGAACACAAAUACCCUUCCGGAGGACGUGCAGCGAAAGCAUCCAAAAACUGAAGAGCCUAUGUGUUCUACAGCUAGAAUAAAAGAGGAUUCUGUAAAUAAAGAUGAUGCCAUCUCAAAUAAUAUUGGGAAAGAUCUCUCACAGGAUCUACAAGGAGGCUGGAAACGAUCUGCAGAUGCACAAAAGCAGAUGCAACAGAAGCCAGAAGCACCUGCAGUCACUUAUGCAACAUAUCGAGGUUCUGCAAGGAUUAGGCAGCUACUGAAGAAUCAAUCGGAAAUAUCUGAAAAAGGAGAAGAAAGUACUGAGAACAGAAAUGGUUCAAUGGUCAAAGAAAAUGGAGAAAUCCAAACAACUGUCUCUCCGAAAUCAGGACACUUAAAAGAAAAUGGUGAAGAUGAGGGUAAAGAUUACGAAGAUGAUGUCAUAGUAAAUUCUUAUGCAGUUAAGAUGGGAGUGAAAAAGUCUGGUAAAGCUCAGCAUUGCUUGGGUAGCAGUAAACGUGAAAUAACUGCAAACACCACUACUUCAUCUACUGAAUCAUCUCAUGAGAUAGACUUAAAACAUACACCUGCUUUAGCUGCAACAAAAGUUGAAAGGACAUAUUCACUGGAUUCAUUACUGUCAUCUAGUAGUAGAAACAAUGAGAUCCUAACCAGUUCCACUUCCCAGAUUGCCAAUUCCCUUAAUGUGAGUUCUGUAAGCGAUUUGGUUGGAAAAGAAGUUGAACUGCUGGGAGAAGCAGUAGCUCAGUUUCAGGCAGACAAAAAUGGCACUUGUAACUUUAUUAAAGAAAAUCAUUGUAGUAAAGCAGCUAAUAAGGAGUCCCCAAAAGAAAUGCAUGAUCAUUGUUUACGUUCACCCAAAUCAGAAAAUAAGACAGUUAAUGAAGAACUACAGGUGAGUAAGGGAGAAUAUUGCUGUAAUCAUCAAAUGGAUAGUCGCUCGGAGCUAACGUUGGAUGUCCAGAUGCUUCAUUCCAGUACCACUACAUUUCAGCAGCAAGCCGAUCAGCAUACAGGUAGUGCAAAUAAAGAUGGUGAUCCAAGCAUAUGUGAUACACAGAAAAUUGUGGCAGCUGUAGAAAAAAAGCAAAAUCCACAGAACUUUCUUGCUACUGCUCUUUUACCUUUUAAUGAACAAAUACCCACUUCACUUAGCAUGGAGUCCAGAGAAGAAAAAUGUAUAGCCGCGGAUAAUUUAACUGCUUCAGUGUCAUUUAUUAAAAAUUAUGAAGAUACAGUCAUGGGCAGAGGGACUUGUAAUGAAGAACUGAGUGAGUUAGGGAAACCAAUGCACAUACAAAAUGACCACCAGUUAGUCCUUGCGGGGAAUUCUAAGGAUACUGCCACAUCGCAGACUGGUUUACCUUGUCUAGAAACUGAGGGUGUGGAAACAAUGAAGGUUUUAUCUGAGGUUGCAGUGGAAAGCCUUGUCAAUGUAUCGUCUUGCAUCCAUGGGGGUGUGUGUGUGAAAUCUAAUUCCCAUGAGCUGAUAGCACCUCUCUCUGUUACUUAUGAGUUGCCUUUUGAAACUGGAGGCUCUUGCUCAGCUUCUCUUCGUCCUAGUUGCAAGACCGAAAAUAAAACUAUAGGGAAAAGAGAAGUCAGUUUAAAAGAUGUGAGACAGACUGUUUCUCAUCCUGAUCUUGAAUGUGAGAAGAGCAAAUCCUUUGAGCUGGUAGAGAUGAGCCUCUCGGAAAGCUCAGUUCCUGUCUGCAACUGUGGUCCUGUUUCCGUUGAAACUGUUCAAGACGUUCUUGCCAAGGCAUUAAUUACACUCACAGAAGAUAACACAGCAAAGCCUGCACCUUGCCCUUUAAUCAGCAUUGACAGGACAGAUGAUCGUACUCCUGCUGCUUCUAAAAUCGACAAGACUGGUAUGACUGAAGUUGCUCUUGUUCCUUCCGAGUGUAAGGAUUGCGUCUCUGAACUUUCCUCUCAUAUUUCUAAGUCACAAGAAAACAUUCUAGAGGUUCCUUAUUCUGCCUUGAGGUAUGGGGAAAGGCCUUUGACCAACAAUUCUGCUUUCAUGUGUGAAAAAGAUGUUGAUGUGGACAUCCUUUCUGAAUCUCCUCCUGUUUCUGAAGAUAGGUGUAUUAAUUUUUCUUCCAAGAAGGAAAACAGUAAUAAGCCUAGGGUAUCACCCACAGUACUUGAUUCUUCAUCUGACAACCAAGGAAAAAUCCCUUCUCCUGCCACUAGCUCUGAAAAUGGCCAGAUUGCUACAUGGUCUGCUGCUUACGAACAGGACAGCUUUAUUUUUCCAGCUGCUGAGUUUAGGAGCAUAAUCCCUGAGGACAGAAUGACUGAGGUGCCACUUUGCUCAGGAGACCCGAGAGCUUCGUGCCUGGCUGGUUCUCUGGAACCUGAGCUUACUCCAGCUAUGCUUGAUUGCUCUGCUGCUGGAGUAGAUGUGGGGGAUGUUUGCAUCCCCAGGCCCUCUUCACCUACUCUGGGGUCUAGAGAAGCCUCCAACCUUUCCAUUUCUGCCUUGGAAGCAUUGGGCAUUGCUCAGGGGAACAGUUAUUCUUCCAGUCACAGAGCUGGUGAUGGGGCAGAGGAGGCCUCCUCCGCACAACAGGCUGACGGCGGUGUCUCGGCAGAGGCAAUGCCAUCAGCCAUCUGUCCUUUGAAAUCUUUGGAAGUGGCACCCAAGUCAGCCUGUACUGAGAGUGUGGGCAGAAAUGCUGUGGGACAGGUGAAUCUGGGUAACUGUGCUUCUGCUAUCUCAGAAGCCCCUUCUGUGACAGAUGAUCAAACAGCUGCUGCACCUGCAGAGUCAAGUGAGCUCCGUUCUGAGGAAGUACGGGAAGAUACCAAUAUGAAGGGACAAGAACGUGCUAAAUUCCAAGAUGCUGCCGUUUUGCUUAAAAAAGCUGAGGAAAUAGUGGACUCAGUUUUACGCUUGGCUAUAGAAGAAAUAAUAGCAAAACAAGCCAUUGGUGUCUGCCAGCUUUGUGGGAGCAAGGAUGGUUUAAUAAAUGUGGAUAUUCUAAAUGAUCAGAAAGCUGGAACUGUACAGCUGGAAGCAGAAGAAAUCCAGUCAGCUGUGCAGUCAUUAAAACAUUGUAAUGAGAGCAGUGGAGGAGGCUCAUCUUCACUUACAGGAAAUGAAACAGUGGAUACAAAUAAUCAAGAUGAAAAGAUACUACCUUGCAUCCCUGAUAAAAUUGACCUACAUAGUGCACUAGCACUAAAAGCAAAGGAAAUAAUUGAUGAAGUCAUUAACUCAGCCAAACAAAAACUGGCAUCCAAUCAGUGGCAAGGCAGUGAAAGUAAGAGGCCUUCUGAAAAGGUUGAUCCUAAACCUAAGGCUGAAACCCCAAAGAUUUUAAACACGGAUGUGAAGUUACCUGCCAAAACACAGGAGCCAACAGAGAAGGUGGAAACUCAGAGUGUAGCUGUAAACUGUGGAAAAGCAGAGUGUUCAGGUCCUCCUCUACUUCCAAAUAGUAUGGAAAAUAGCAUAGAUUGGCCCCAAAGAGGUGAGAAGAUACCAAAUAAUGCAUUUACGCGUCAAAGAAAUGGAUUUCUACCCACUGGUAGUUCAGCAAGGUCAGAAUCAGAUCUUAUGACACCAGCCGAAGAGAGACACGUUAGAAAGGUGUGUGAAGAUCCGGCUGCAGCAGAGUUGUGUGGCAAAGCUGGAGUAUCAGCAACUAGUAGAAAAUCUGAUGGAUCUUUACAUUUAAUACAUAGAGAUGCUACUGUGAUGGAAGAGAUGCUUCUGUCACUGCAGUUAAAAGAUUUGUGCAAUAAUACAAAUAUGCCAGAGUGCACAUUGCUGCCAACUGUAAAUGUUAAUUUGUCAUCUUUUAUGCCUGAUGAAGAAUGUAUCAGCAUGCGGAGUGAAUCUAAAGACAAAAGCAGUCCUCGGGAUUCUCUGGAAAGCAGUGCAGAGGACAGUCCGUAUGAACACUGCGGAAGAGAGGCUGCAGAAGUAGCUGCACAAGUAAAAGCAACCUUAGAAGACUCGAAGGCAGUGGAGAGUGAAGAGGAACUAGCAGAAGGGGCAAGUGAGAUAGCAGAGGUUAAUGCUGGAUUAAAUACACAGUUCACUGUACCUGGAUUGUCUGUUAUUGGAGAGGACAGUGAAGGGAAAAACUGCUUCAGUGUAGUUUUUGCCCAAAAUAAUGAGAAUCCAAAGCAGCUACAAAUGAAGGACCAAGACAUGAAGAGAAAUUAUCAGCUUGAAGAAAAUGGUCUGGACUGUAGCGAUGACAUGAAGGAAUCAACGGAUCUUUUGGCCUUUUCUCCACUAAUUGAACAGUGGGAAAACAGUUCUUUCGCUAUCAUUUAUGAAGGUGCCCUUCAAACUGAGAACAAAUCUGUCUCAACUGAUGAUAUGCAAACUGGUUUGCUUUCUUCUUCUGUUCUGCCUUUGAAUAAUACAGAGCAUCUCAUGUGUGAAAGAGCGAAGAAUAAACAUGAGCCAGCCUGUCUUUAUGGGAAGGAUAACAAGUUGAAUGAAGCAACAGAUAGCCGUAGCUCAGAGUCAUUUCUGAGCGUGGAGGCCAAGCGCUGUAGAGUAUAUCCUUUCUCUUUGUCUCCAAUAUAUGAAGAUGACAGCUCCCAAGAAGACUUACUUUCCACAGACGUGUCGCCAGAAGACCGUCCUAGUGGAAUAUCUAAAGAUAAUGUUGACCACGCUUCUGUGCUGUCCCUUCUCCAGUCAGUUUCUGAGCGCUUACAAUUUACUACUCAGUUCACUAAAGAGGACGAGGAGGAGGGAGUGGAGGACGAGGAGGAGGAAGAAUCAUCAUAUGAAGAAAAUGUGCUUGAUGGUGAGAGAGAAGAAGAAUGUCUUUCCAGUCAGUGGAGAAGGAAUUUAAAAACAACCCUUGGAUCAAAUGACCAGACUAGAUCUUUGUUUCCUGAACAAUCACAUCUUCUUUCAAAAGAACAAAUUGACUCUAAGGAACAACCAGAACUGUUUCCAGAUGCGGCUUCUCCCAGUCAAACACCUUGUAAGUCAGUUUCGCAGAAAGCUGAUGUUGCUCUAAAGCAUCCUUCUACAAGUGUAUACUACCAGUAUUUGAAAUCUGCCAGCAGUUGCUCCUCUGAGAAGGUGACCAGGUUUGGAAGCAUUCUCCAGGAUAUGUUGCAGCCAAAGAUUCAUCGGUCUCAAGACAACUCCAUGCCAAAACUGGGAGAAUUGUCAGCGAACCUCAUUGACAGGGCAAGUCUCAAAUACAAUCCAAGACCAGGAAAGAUUAUUAUUUAUGAUAUUUAUGGUGACAAAAGUAAACAAGAAGUUCAUUCUGAUGUGUUGGAUACCACGUCCUGGAUCUUUCCCAUUGGAGCAUCGCUUAGGAUAAUUAGAGGAUGUUGGAUUUUUUAUGAGAAACCAAAGUUCCAGGGUCGGAAAUAUGUACUAGAGGAAGGAGAGACUGUGCUGGAUCACCUUUGGGAUCUUCCGGGUGUGAAACAUCGUCGAAGAAACCUCACAGUUGGUUCAAUCAAACAUGUAACAAAGGACUGUGGUGUUCCAGAGGUAGAGUUCUGCCUGGCAGCUGGUGGUACAGAGGGACUUCCUAUCUGCGUACAGGGUGCGGUUGCCAAUUUAGAAGAACUGGAUGUUGAGAAAAACCCUUAUAUAAGAGUCAAAUCAGGAGUAUGGCUUGCUUAUUCAGACUUUAAUUACAAGGGAGAGAUGAAGGUUUUGGAAGAAUGCAAUUUACCAUCUGAAAUUCCUUCAGCAGAUGUAAAAUCUCUGCGUCCCUUAAAAAUGGGUGGACUAAAGGUAGAAAUGCCAAUGAAUGUCAAGAUAAUAAUAUAUGAGAAAACUCACUUUGGAGGAUGGUCCAAAGAGUUUUCAGAAAACGUAAGUUCUGUCCCAGCUCUGUUUGGUUGUGAAGAGGAGUUUCAGGAAAUUGGAUCAGUACGUGUAAUUGGUGGAGUAUGGGUUGCCUAUGAUAAGGAGCGCUACAAAGGCCGUCAGUACUUGCUGGAGGAGGGAGAUUAUGAAGACAGACACUCAUGGGGGGGAACUGACAGUCUCCUGUCUUUCCGGUUCCUUCAGGCUGAUUUCAUAGAGUCGUCAGUGGCACUUUUUCAGUCUGAUGAUGAAGAUGGGAAAGCAUUCGACAUCGUCAAUGAAGAAAUCCCUGAUUUGGAGCAGGCUGGAUUUGGCCCAGAGACAAAGUCGAUUCUUGUGAGAAGUGGAGUGUGGGUUGCAUAUCAGCAGAAAUAUUUCUGUGGAGAACAAUAUGUAUUGGAGAAAGGAAAAUAUAAAUGUUUCUUUGACUGGGGAGGAUCUAGUAAAAUCAUCAUGUCAGUUCGACCUGUUAAGUUGGAACCGCUUGGAACGAAUGAGCCUCCACAUUUGCUCAAAGCUUUCAGUAAUACACAUUUCCAAGGAGCAUGUAUAGAUUUCACAGCAGAAGUUUCUGAUUUUACAUCAUUCAUACCAUGUUCUUUUAAGGUUCUUCGGGGAUGUUGGCUCCUGUAUUACCAAGGGGAAAUCACUGACAAUCACUGUGUGCUGGAAGAAGGCCUCUAUGUUGACCUCAGUUCCUGUGGCUGCCCGACUGCUACAAUCAAAUCCCUCAAGCCUAUUCAAUAUGUUUUUGCAGAGCCCUCCAUCAGUCUGUUUGCUCUGGAAUGCUGCAAGGGCAGAGAGCUGCACUUCAGUGAACCCAUCAAUUCUGUUUUGAAUGAGGACCUUCAUUUUUACACUCAAUCUGUAUGGGUGAGAAGUGGAUUGUGGAUUGCAUACGAAGGAUGUAAUUUUUUAGGAAAGCAGAUUCUGCUGGAGCCCAGUGAGAUUUCAAACUGGAAUGAACACAGUGGCUGGAAAGUAAUUGGCUCCCUUCGUCCUAUGAAGCAGCCAGCAGUGUACCUCAGAGUGAAGAACCGAGCCAUGGGUAAAUAUUUGACAGUUGCUGGAAGCCUAGCAGAUAUAAGAGCCACAUCAGUGUGCGCAUCCCCGUACAAUGGCAAGAAUACCCAGAUCUGGCACUACUGUCGUGGGCUCUUCAAAUCCAAGGCUAACAACGCCUGCCUGGAUGUCAUCGGUGGCAGAGACGUGCCUGGGGCCAAAGUCGCGCUCUGGGCAGAACAUGGGAAGGACAGGCAAAAGUGGAGACUCAAUGAGGAUGGAACCAUCAGUUCAUACCUCAGCGACCAACUGGUGCUUGAUAUUAAAGGAGGAAAUUAUUACGACAAGAAUCACAUCAUUAUGAAUCAGCCAAUAGACGACAAACACUCACAAAAAUGGGAUAUUGAAAUAUUGUGAGUAAAACCCACCACACAGAUGGACCUCGUGUGGGUUAUUAACACCU